CUCGCGCGAUUUCUGAUCUCGCGCGAUUGUGAUCUCUGCUCUCCAUCUCGCUUUCUUUCUAUCUCUCAAUCUAUCUCUCAUCAUCCUCGCGCUGAAUCUUUGUUUCUCCAACUUCGUCGUUGUCAGUGGAUUGAAGCUAUCGGAUAUGGAGAUUUCGUCAAAUCAAACUGUGUUUUGCUCGAAUCAAGCUCAGUUUUCCUCAAAUCAAGCUAAUUUUCGCGAAGUUGCUGACAUUCAAUCAUCAUCAGGCAAUUCUGUUUGUAUUGAUGUUGUUGAUAAUGUUUGUGAUACUACUGUUCAUGAUUUUGUUGAGGAUUGCUUAGAAGGUUUUGAUGAGUCAAUUAGUAGAAGCUCUAAAGUGUGGAAUCCUAAAGUUUCUGAUGACAAACUUAAACCAUAUCCUGGUCAACUGUUUAAAGACAUUGAGUCGGCUUUUAAGUUCUAUACUGAUUAUGGCAGAGAUGGUGGAUUUGAGGUUCGUAAAUCAACACAAAAAGUCAGGAAUGGUAUUAUAGUUACCAAGUACAUAAUUUGUUCUAAAGGAGGUCAUCACGAUACAUCCAUGACAAAGGAUGUUGAUGUUAAUUCAGAAUCAUCUCAUGCAUCAACUAGUGUUUAACUGCAAGUCAAGAGGAGGAAGACGGUGACAAAGAGAUGUGACUGUCGAGCAAAAAUUAUUCUGAAGUACAAUGGUUUCAAUGCGUAUGUUAUUUCGUCAUUUAUCGAAGUUCACAACCAUCGUCUAGCAUCGCCAUCAGGAAAAGAAUUUCUACUUUGUAAUCGAUCUAUGACUUCAUUUCAGCGCCGAUUUGUUCUAGAUGCUGCGAAAUCAAACAUUGGCUCGUAUAGAGCUCACAAUUUGUUCAAGUCGAUAUCAGGAUCCUACUCUGAAGUUGGGGCAACCGCUGUUGAUUUUCAAAACUGGAUGAGAGAUAUAAAAUUAUAUAUCGGCAAACAUGAUUCUGAUAUGCUGAUACAGAAGUUUCAAAACAAAAGGGACGUAUCAGAUGGAGGAUUUUUUUUCGAAUAUCAGACGGAUUCAAACGGUCAUCUUACCCGUCUUUUUUGGGCUGAUAUUCAAGGACGUAGGAGUUAUGAAGUAUUUGGUGAUGUUGUAUCUUUUGAUGCAACAUACCGUACCAAUAAGUAUGGAAUGGUAUUCGUGCCUUUUAUUGGAGUAGAUAAUCAUUGGAAGAGUGUUACUUUUGCUUCUGCAUUACUAAAUCAUGAGGAUGCAACAAAUUUCACGUGGGCUUGUGAGAUGUUUCUUCAAGCAUUUGGCCGUCCACCAAAAUGUAUAAUAACUGAUCAGUGUCUUGGGAUGAAAGUUGCAAUUGCUAACACAUUCCCACAUUCUAUUCAUCGUUAUUGUAUGUGGCAUAUAAUGCAAAAGUUCCCUGCCAAGGUUGGUCCUGUGUUCUGUGCAGAAACGGGAUUUAUGGAAAAACUCAAUAAGUUUGUUUGGUCAUCACAUUUGACUGUUCCUGAGUUUGAAAAAGGUUGGGAUGAUGUGCUUAAGGAAUUUGGAUUAAGUGAACAUGUCUGGUUGAAAGAGAUAUAUGCAAUGAGGGAAUCAUGGAUUCCUGCUUUCUUUGCAGACAAGCCAAUGGGAGCCUUAUUGAGAACAACCUCAAGGUCAGAGAGCAGUAAUUUCUACUUUAAUCAUUUCGUCCAAAAAGGGGAUACUCUUUCAGAGUUCUACUUGUGUUAUGAGAGUGCUAUUGACAAACAAAUUCAUGACCAAAACAAAUUGAACACCACUGACAAGAAUUGUAUUCCACAAUCUAUUACUGAGAAGGCUAUUGAAAAGCAUGCAGCUUGCCUUUAUACUCGAACUAUGUUUUAUAAGGUUCAAAAACAAAUAAAAGCCAGUUGCUUUCAUAUCAGUCUUGGCAACCAAUUGUUACUGAUGGCCUGUUCCUGCAAGCUGUUUACCAGAGUAGGCUAUCUGUGUCGUCAUUGUUUCUAUUGUUUGAGUUUGUGGGGUGUUGAUAAAAUCCCACAUCAGUUCAUAUCUAAGCGUUGGAUGAGGAAUGCAGAGAGAUUUUGCAAAUUGAAGUUUACUGAUGAAAGCGAAUGUGCUACUGAUGGGCAUAUCAGUAGAGAAAUUGCAAUGAGGAUAUGGACAGAGUAUCAAGCUUGUGUUGAUAAUGUUUGCAAUAACCUGAAAGGUUUAGAGUAUUUGUUGGAUGAGAUGAAGUGCUUGAGGAUUAGAGUCGAAGAGAAAUUUGAUAAACGUCCGGCAACAAAAGAUGAUAUGCUGGAAGAGAUUUUUGGUGUGAGGCCUUCAGGUUCAAGUAAUGUACUUCCACCACUGCCAAGUAACAACAAAGGAUGUCGUAAAAGAAUUGUUGGUGGUGCAGAGUUAAGUCGUGAUGGGAAGAAAAGACCAACCAGGACAUGUAAAUUUUGUCAUACUCUUGGGUAUCAUGAUUCACGCAACUGUCCGAAGAAACUCCUUGUUAAUCAGCAGAUUCCAACUAUUCCUAAUAUACAAGUAUCUGUUAGUCCUAGCUUCUACUCUCAAAAUAUGACUAGUUAG